AUGAAAGUCCAGUCGAACCUGGCCUUGCCGGCGAACUACCAACCCAUUCCUAGCGGAUUAUGUUGUAUGAAUUUUAUGAGCGUAAAGGUGAGUGCCAGGUGAUGCCAGGGUUUUUGGUAAAGAAAGCAUAAAUCAUAGAAAGUUGUACAGUAGAUAGUAGCCAAGAAAAGUAUUUUUGGAAAAAUUGGAAAAGACGGUAUACAAGUUUUUGCGGUAAUUACAGAAUUCUCAUGAGGCUCAGACGGUUUGGCAUUUCGGAGUUUUCCGGGAGUUGUGGGAGUAUUCUCGCAAUACCAAUAAUAUUCCUCAAGUGUUUUUGACAGGUUUUGGUGAAAUUGUGUUUGACGAAAGAGUGGAAAACGAAAGCUUACUGGUACAGGAAUAAGCGAUCGUUGUCCAAGCAAAAUUGAUGCCAAGUUGGGAACCUAGGGGUUUGCUUCAAAACCUAAGCAGCGAUAAAAUAUAAUACACUGGCACAAUAUUAGAAGUCAUCGCAAGUUAAUCCUUUAUCUCAAACCCGCAAAAAUGUGCAAUCGGCUAAAGGAAUUAUUUUCAGACCGGUGUUUACAUUGUUGUGUACAUCGAUCUCAUGGGUCUGACGGCACAACUCGCUUAUGUUGCGGCCAGAAUGAUGAUCUACUGCUGCACAACAUGGACCUUUCUUAUUGCACUGUCGUCCGCCGUCCAGCUGGUUGUCUGUUAUCUUCUCUUUCACGGUGUAAAGUACAAUCGACCAGUGUUUUUAGCACUCUACCUUAGUGUUGGCAUAAUUUUGCGGGGGUUUCUGGCGUUCUUUGCCCUUGCGAUCGUCGCUUUUGCGAGCUUCUUUGAUUCUGUUCGUAAGUUUUGUUCGGAUGAGGGCUGACUUUUCUUUAGACGAGAGUGUGCUUGCCCAAAAUGGAAUCACCCGCUGUGUCAUGUUGGCCGCAGUCUUGAUGAUUCUAAUUGGCAGUGGAGUGGUUGUUUACCGGUGCUUGGUCUACAUCCGGGACAUACAAGAGUUUUACAAGAACAGCAAGAAGGACUUUUCAUUGUGCCCUCAUACAGUAAGUACCAUUAUAUUUGUGAUUGAUUCCUCUUUUUUUCAUAUUCAAACAGUUUUUGUCGGAUUGAUUGAGCUACGCAGGUUGCAGAAAAAAUUUAAAUUGCAACUUUUCAGGAUUAUAUAUGCCGACAAAAUGCCGGAUUGCUGCCAAAUGAUCACAAUGAUAUGGUUUACCGCAAUAGCGACAAGUUGGCCAGGUGUCAAUUUCACCCCAUUGAAAACAUUGUUGGCAUUGAUAAGCACGGCCACUCGGCAAUUUAUCAUUUAGAAGACCGUCCAACAGAUGUGUAA